AUGCCGCGAUCAAGUUUCUCAGAUAACCCCCUGCUGCGGGUAUCGCGGCCUGUAUCGGCCUGCUCGCGAUGUCGAGCUGCAAAAGUCAAGUGUGAUGGCAAGCUUCCAGCCUGUACUGCCUGUGAGAAGGCAGGCCGCGAAAAUGAGUGUUCUUCGGCCAAUGACCAGUUCGCUCGAGGCAAGGAGAGGAGUUAUGUAGCGGCCCUGGAGCUCAGGGUUGAAAAGCUUGAGAAGCGGUUGGCGUUUGCCAGGUCGCGCAAGGCAUCGGUUAAUCUCCACGAUGUCGAUGAAGCGACGACGGCGGGCCCUACUGACCGUAAGGACUCUCUGGCCAACAUCCGAGCAGCGAUUCACCGCAAAGCCGCCCGUAAGAGGGAGGAUUCGGAUGUUAACGCACUAGUAUCUGAUUUUGGCUUCUUAUCCGUCAACGCAACAACCCGCGAUUUCGAACCAUCCUUGAGCGGCAUGACGUUCGCCCGCCUGGUGCUGGCUGCCGCUACUAACGACGAGGUACCGGAUCCGACGGAAGAUAGUUUCCCAACCAGAGCAGAGGCCUUCGCCACUGUCCAGUAUUACAUGGCCAAUAUCUACUCACUAUUCCCAUCCUUCUCGGAGACUCACUUGCUCACCGUUUUGGACAAUGUCUACCAGCAAGAUGAAAGAGUCAAGGACAGACUUAAGGAUGCUGAUUUCUGGUUGCUGUACAUGGUUCUUGCUAUCGGAUAUGCGGCCCAGAGCAGAGAGCAAAACGAUGACUACUCUCGCCGUGGUCUUGACUUUGUCGCCCGCGCCUUGCCUUUUGCUGAUAAGGCGCUGAUGCCUGGAUAUCCAAGUCAGAUUCAGUCGCUCAUCCUCUUCACGCAAUACUCAAUGCUCGACCCUGGUCACUUCGACAGCUGGUAUCUGAUAGGAUUCGCGAGUCGUGCUGUGGUUGACUUGGGAUUCCAUCAAGACCCGCCGCAACUCCAGGUUCCUGACAAGGCUGCUCUCGACCUUCGGAGGAGAAUGUUUUACUGUGUAUAUGCACUUGACCGGAUGGUCAGCAUGGUCCGCGCCAGAUCGUUCUCGUUCACAGACGAUUCCAUCAAUGUCGAGUAUCCCAGCAACUCUGGCUUGACUUCUGGGCCUAUUACUGGUCCUCAAUCAGCAGACUCGGCUUUAGUUUUGUUCCAGCUUCGUCGACUCCAAUCCGAAUGGUAUCAAACACUUUUCCAGGGAGACGCAGCGCCACUUUCAGACGCCGCCUCCUUUAUUUGGCAGAUGUGCCUGGAAAUGAGAGAGUGGCACGAGUCUCUGCCUGAUAACCUUCCCUCCGGCAUCCGCGAGUUCUUCGAGCUCGAGCUGAGAUACAGCUACAUUCACUGCCUUGCGCCUAGCGAUCGCCAGCCACACCUGACCGACUACACCCGCAAAUUAAUUUUUGAACAUGCCAUUGCAUACAUGAACACUAUUCAUAGUGUCGUCCAUGGCUCUGUCAACACGGCGUUCUACUCCUCCCUAGAUGCCCUCAAGGUCUUUUUUGUGGCA